AUGGGGUGGCUCCCACUCCUGCUGCUUCUGACGGGGUUCUCAGGGGCCCCUGGGCAGCGCUCGCCCUUGAAUGACUUCCAGGUGCUCCGGGGUACGGAGCUGCAACACCUGCUACACACAGUGGGGCCCAGGCCUUGGCAAGAAGAUGUGGCAAAUGCUGAGGAAUGUGCAGGGCUUUGUGGGCCCCUACUGGACUGCAGGGCCUUCCACUACAAUGUGAGCAGCCAUGGUUGCCAGUUGCUGCCAUGGACCCAGAACUCACCUCAUACACGGCUGCAGCGUUCCAGGCGCUGCGAUCUCUUCCAAAAGAAAAUCUAUGUUCGGACUUGCAUCAUGGACAAUGGGGUCGAGUACCGGGGCACCGUGGCCAUCACCAUAGGUGGCCUACCCUGCCAGCGCUGGAGCCACAGGUUCCCCAAUGACCACAAGUACACACCCACACUUCGCAAUGGCUUGGAGGACAACUUCUGCCGCAACCCGGAUAGGGACCCCGGAGGUCCCUGGUGCUACACAACAGACCCUGCCGUGCGCUUCCAGAGCUGCGGCAUUAAGUCCUGCCAGGAGGCCGCUUGCCUUUGGUGCAAUGGCGAGGAUUACCGCGGCUCAGUGGACCGCACGGAGUCAGGACGCGAGUGUCAGCGCUGGGACCUGCAGCACCCGCACCCUCACCCCUUCGAGCCCCGUUCCUGGACAAAAGUCUGGACGACAACUAUUGCCGGAAUCCGGACGGCUCGGAGCGGCCCUGGUGCUAUACCGCGGACCCCCAGAUGAAGCGAGAGUUCUGCGACCUCCCCCGCUGCGGGUCCGAGGCACAGCCGCGCCGGGAGGCCACGACGCUCAAUUGCUUCCGCGGGAAAGGCGAGGGCUACCGGGGCACGGUCAACACCACCGCCGCGGGCGUGCCCUGCCAGCGUUGGGACGCGCAGCAUCCGCAUCAGCAUCGCUUUGCGCCGGAAAAGUAUGCGUGCAAACUGCUAUCACGGCGCGGGGGAACUGUACCGCGGCUCAGUCAGCAAGACCCGAAAGGGCGUCCGAUGUCAGCGCUGGUCCGAGGGGACGCCGCACAAGCCGCAGUUCACGCCCACCUCCGCCCCACACGCACCACUGGAGGAGAACUUCUGCAGGAACCCAGACGGGGAUAGUCACGGGCCCUGGUGCUACACCACAGAUCCGGGGACUACGUUCGACUACUGUGCACUGCGGGGCUGCGAUGAUGACCAACCGCCGUCCAUCCUGGAGCCCCCAGACCAGGUGCUGUUUGAGAAGUGUGGCAAGAGAGUGACCCACCUGGACCCAUGGCGCUCCAAGCUGCGUGUGGUGGGCGGCCAGCCUGGGAACUCACCCUGGACAGUCAGCUUGCGCAACCGGCAGGGCCAGCACUUCUGUGGAGGCUCCCUAGUGAAGGAGCAGUGGGUUCUGACUGCCCGGCAGUGCUUCUCCUCUUGCCAUGGGCCUCUCACUGGCUAUGAGGUGUGGCUAGGCACCCUGCUCCAGGACCCACAGCCCGGGGAGCCAGGCCUGCAGCGCAUCUCAAUGGCCAAGAUGGUCUGUGGGCCCUCUGGCUCCCAGCUUGUUCUGCUCAAGCUGGAGAGACCUGUGACCCUGAACCAGCAUGUGGCCCUGAUCUGCCUGCCCCCUGAGUGGUAUGUGGUACCUCCAGGCACCAAGUGUGAGAUCGCAGGCUGGGGCGAGACCAAAGGUACAGGGGACAACAAGGUCCUGAACAUAGCCUCCCUCAAUGUCAUCUCCAACCGGGAGUGUAACAUCAAGCACCGAGGUCGCGUACGCGAGAGUGAGAUGUGCACUGAAGGACUGUUGGCCCCUGUUGGAGCCUGUGAGGGUGACUACGGGGGCCCACUUGCCUGCUUUACUCACGACUGCUGGGUCCUGGAGGGAAUUAUAAUCCCCAACCGAGUGUGUGCACGGCCCCGCUGGCCAUCCAUCUUCAUGCGUGUCUCUGUGUUUGUGGACUGGAUUCACAAGGUCAUGAGGCUGGGCUAGUCCCAGCCUCAAUCCUGUGGGCCUUGGGGAGGACGAAGCUUUC